AUGCAAGAUACCAAGAGAUUAAAGAACACAACAGUGCAUAUGUCACAGUGUACAGCAAUAAUACUAAAUGCCCCUGAAGUUCAUGUUGAACAACUGCCAAAUUCUUCACUUCUUUGUAAUGCCACUGGACUUCCGAGUAAUUACACGUUUUCAAAUUGGGAACAUGUAUCAAUUGAUGGGCACAGUUUCAGGUUGAUAAACAAUGCAACAAAUUUACUUAAGUUUGAUUUCAAUGAUGAAGAUGAUAAUCCAAUCUACACAUUUGAUGGCCGUUACGUUUGUAAAGUCAGCAAUGGCAUUCCCGAUGAACAUAACAUUACAAUGCAACGUGGAUUGAAAGAUGUUUAUUUUCCUGGAAAGCCCUAUUGUAUUCAUCAAAAUAAAAGCACAGAGAUAAGGGAAAGAACAGAACCGGUUACGAUUACAUUUAUUGUGUAUAGCAGAACAACUGUAAAUUAUACAUGGCAGAAAGGUCGAUUUCAGCUGAAGGGUUUUUCAAAAUACGAAUAUCAGAAAAAUCAAACAAGUACACCCGUUAAAAUACAUGGGGUAUUAGUAAAUCUAACAACAUUAACUGUGAGUCUUCUUAUAUAUAAUCUGACAGACACAGACUUUGAUACUGUUUACAUCGUUUAUUUGUCCAAUAAGCACGGAAAUUCAAGUUGUUCAAAAGACUUACUAGAAGGCACUGUACCGGAUACACCGAGCAAUUUAACCGUUAAACCAUUACUAGUUAGUUUUGAAGUCACUUGGAAUGCAGGAUUCAAUGGUAGAUAUCCUCAAAGUUUUACCAUAAAUUAUCGUUCAAUAAUGGAUCAAAACUGGACAACAAUUGUAAUUUCAUCUAAUGAACGUCACAAAAAGAUGCAAGGUCUCCUAGAACAUAUGAACGAUGCCUGUAUCCGUCACGGGAUGUGCAUGGACGAUACAGAACAUAUUGCCCAAUCCCUAGAUAAAAGGUCACAUAUUUUUGUAAAGUCCAUAAAGAAAGAAAGAAAGCUGAAGGUCUUUAAUGUGUAUUAG